UCUCCUGCUGCUGACUCUAGAACUCAUCUCUCUCCUGUUAUUCAGAUCAACAUGAAGAUCUCUAUCUUUGCUGGUGUUCUGCUGAUCUCUGCUGCUCUCAUGUUCCUGGGACCAGAACCUGCAGAUGCUCUGCCCCCUGUACAGACUUUUGGAUGGAAGCAUAUCUAUUUUCCACUCCACGAGUCAUCUGAUAUAACUAAAUACUUAGAGAAGAAGAGUUUUUGUACCGACUUAAUGCAGGAAAGAGAAAUCAAAGAGCCAAACAGCGACAACUGUAAGAGCUUCAAUACCUUCAUCAACGCGAAGUAUGAUGACAUCAAAGCCGCCUGUGGGAGGGACGACAAAACAACCCCAGGACUUUUCUAUGCUGUUGAAUGCACCAGCACAGAAAAACAAAUCAAGCCCUAUCCGUGUAAUUAUAAAAGUGACCUUCGCUACGGGAAAAUUAAAGUCGAAUGUUUCCCCGAUGGCAAUCCUAAACACUUUGUAAGUGGUGUGUAUACCGCCUUGCCUCGUCCUUCAAAGUAAUCUAUUACUACCUGAUGAA